UUUUCUUCCUUCCGCAUUAGUAUUAUUGACCAAAAUAGGUUAUGAACACCGUGUUUAAUACCGUGGCACACCAUCUGCAUAUGUUGCUAACUAGCUGGAAAACAACCAAGAAACCGAACUACUGUUCUGUGUUAAUCAAAGGUCUAUUAAACUAAAGAAAGUAUUUUGCAUUUUUGUAGUAAGUUAAUAGUUGCCGACAAGGUGCAAGCUUCCUAAAUAACAAUCCAAUGAACUAGUCUGAUGUAUAAAAAAUAUUUGCACUUUACAUGACGGGUAGUCGCAAAUGUAAACGCGUAACUCGCAUGAGUGUCUGACCUAUCGGUUUUUGGUUUCAUGAUCAUUUUACAAGUUAGCUACCUUCUUCACAUUCGCAAGACUGGCUUGAACCGUUUCUAGAAAACUAACAAACACACCCAUAUUUUGGGCGAGGCCAUUCGACCAUAGUUCUAUCAGGGGCCGUAUUCCCUAAGAUCACCUUCCAAAGAGGAAGUUGCGCAGCCCUCUCGACGAGCAAGACACAACGUCGCAUCUCUUAGAGUUACAAGUAGCAGACGGCUCUGUAGUUCGUGACAAUUAUACCGGGAUUCGUGAUCAAACAACAUAGGCAGUAAUGUAGCUAGUUUACUAUCCGAUUGACUUAGCCGUUUGGCGAGUCUCAGACUUCAUGAGGUACCCAACGGGAUUAACGGGCAAAAGACAGCUGAUCGAUAUUAAACAAGCGACAAAAAACAUCGCACAAUGACAGAUGAUGUCGUUCUGUUAAACGUACCUGUCAUCCGGCAGCUGUACCACUGGGACUGCGGCUUGGCCUGUUCACGAAUGGUUUUUAAAACGGUUGCGUUGCUACUCUCUUGGAAAUUCAGAAUUGUCGCGAUGGUAUGAGGAUGCAAAGGUACCUUCACCCUGUGAGUGAAGAUGACUUCCAGAGUGCUUGCUGGGAGCUAAAGCUGACGGAGAGUGUGUGGACAAUCGACUUGGCCUACCUCAUGUGCCAGCUUGGAGUCAGACACCUGUUCUGCACUCAGACGCUGGGUGUAGACAAGGGCUUCAGGAACCAGUCAUUCUACAAAAAACAUUUUGAUACUGAAGAGGACAGAGUUAAUGAACUCUUUCUAAAAGCUGAGAGCAAAGGAGUGGUAGUCAAGAAAUGCUCAGUGACCAUCCAAGAAAUCCAGAACCACUUGGUUCAGGGCCAUGUGGCUAUUGUGCUGGUCAACGCCGUAGUGCUGGUGUGUGAAUUCUGCUCGACACCAGUGAAGUAUUGCUGCUUCCUUCCUGUGGGCCAGAAAUGCUUCUGCAGGAAGCCAGAAUACCAAGGCCACUUUGUGGUGGUGUGUGGCUUUAACCGCAGCACUGGCUGUAUCUUCUACAACAACCCCGCCUACUCCGACCGAGUGUGUUGCACCAGCAUGAGUAAUUUUGAGGAGGCCCGCAUGAGCUAUGGGACAGAUGAGGACAUUCUCUUUGUCUACAAGGACAGCUGAUUUCCAGGCAGGCCUCUGGAGCUCCGCGUCAGGUCUUGCCUUCUUCACUGUGAAAGCGCGGCAGUCAGACUGUGGUCUCCCGCCUGGCACUGGAGCUUACCCUUUAUGACCAGGUAGCACAAGACUCUCCUUAGACUGUAUUUUUUAAACGGCUGAUGGCACCAAGAAUAUGACACUGUGCAAUUUCAUCCCUCCCAUUUCCCUCAAUACAAGCCAUGUUGAAUGAAGCAAAUUAAGGGAUAACUGUCGAAAAAGGUUUAAAUGAACUUAUUUUGUAUAUGAACUGAAUGUAGGAAAAAAAGAUUAAUUGUUGCCAUUGCUUUGGUUUUUUAUUUGCUGGUUCCAUGUUUAAUUUGUUGAAACCAUUCGUUAACAAGGAAUUGUGUAAUUUAAUUAUUUACUUCUCCUUUAGUUAGCUGGUGGCAUGGGCUGUUUUGUAGACAUGAGACAGACUGACGUGUUAUGUCCAUGUUUUACAGCAGAACUUUGUGAUUGCUGUCCCAAAGUGGUGGUUUUGCACAUGAGGGUGUAUAUUGGAGAAUUGCCCAUAAUGGGUCACAUUAUGAUUUAAUUUAUUAAUAGUAGAGAUGAGUCAAUUCUUAUUGCGCUGGUUUUCCUUGGUGAAGUGGGUUGUCUAUACACUGCUUUUAUUUUUCAAAAAAAAUCCAUUGAGUGAUUUUGGUAUUGAUCUGGAUUAUUCUAAUAAUGUUGUGGAAAGAGGGGCGUCUGUUUCUCUUCUGUGCUUCAGGAACUGUCCUUAAAAUCUUUGCCCUAUGGUGACUGUAUGUAACUGAGGAAAAAGGGGUGUGUUACAUUGCAAUAUAUCUGGGCUUGGGGGGCUGACUAUAGGGAAACAUGGGACCCUUUAUACAGGUAAAAACAAAAGCUCACAACUACAGACAUAAGACUGAAGUCCAUCCCUCUGUGCCAGAUGUCAAAUGGGACUGUGGAAAUUAAAAGGGAAAGUGUUAUUACGGUUAUGUCUGAACAGCAUUUCCCAUUAAAAAAAAAUAUUCAUUAUGUAUCAAUUUAUCUGAGCUGCAAGCAAAUAGACACUGGCAAUGGCAUGCUGGUAUGACUGACAAAAGUACAAGUCUCUAUAGCUUAUUAGCAGUUUAGCAGUGCAGGUAUUACAGGAGAGAUGCUGAGAAUAAAUACUAUCUCAGUGUAUGCUGAAUCGCUGGGUGUACACUGAAUGUGCUUCAUUUGCACCAGCUAUAAAAUGUCAAUUAAUUGGCUUUGAUUUAGAAGUUAUUUAUGUACUAAUCUGGAUCUGACAUCACCCACCACCUCUCCAUAUUAGCUAUCAGUUAAUUAAUCCUGACAUAGGAUGUUGGAUGUAGGAACAUAUCCCUAAUGGGAAGGACUUAGUAAAGUCAAGAUUUUCAGGUUGCCAGACCAGUUAAGAGUAUUGAAUUUAACUGUUGUAAAUAACAAAAAUAUGUUGAACAAUUUUACUCUCUUCAUAUUGACAUAAGGCCUUGUCCAACAGGAAAUCUGUAAUUCACAAAUAAUUAAUAGAGGAUUAAAGAUCAGAUUGCAGUUUAUAGCUCAGUAAAGGUCCCCAGAAUGAAAUGUGUGCCCCUUUAACUCCAAGAUCUUCCACCUCUGGUCUAUCUGCAGUACUGAAUGUAGCCACCAACCUCACUUUAUUACCUAGGAUUGCAUAUCUGAACAUUUAAUUUAGCCUGAGAAGCAACUACAACUUCAGACCAGUCAAAAGUAAUGUUUUCAAAAGUAAUGCAUUUUUUACUUAUUUACCACAAACAAAUAUUUGAAUCUGAUUUGUGCGCAGAAUAAUUUUGCUAAACAAGGGCCCUUAAAGAAUUGCCAAACAGAAUUCCUGCUCCUGCAUUCAUGUUCACAUAUUCUCCAUGACAACAUGUGGAAGCUAAGCAUUACCAAAUUCCUAAGUCCUCCAUUCAACAGUAUCACAAACCCUAUUACAAUAUUCUUAUGGUUGGGGAAUAUAGAACUUUAAUAUAAUGGAUACACAUUUCCAAAUGUGUGUCAAUAAAACAUGUAAUGGUUAAUUCUGUGGUUUCUUCGCAUGAAGUAAGAUUACAGCAAAUGCUGGUAUGCAGGGGUUGCGUCUCAAAUGUUCAGUAUUAUAACAUCAGAAAGUUGUGAAGGUAACUUGUGGUCUUCUGGUAGUAUCAACUCAGUGUUUGUAGUAUUCAAACCAAGGUCAGGUUAAGUGUGGAUGUUUCUUUAGUGCCCUGCAUUACUUCCUUCCAUGUUGUGAAAGGCUAAGCCAUUAGCAUAGAUUGCUUGUAUGCCAUUUGAAAUGCAUUGAAGCUUGUGAUUUGAACUAGUUCAGUCCACAUGCAAAAUGUAUAGCCAACCAUCAAAGUUGAGUAAGAAUGCUACUGCGGAACACCGUUUAACCAUCAGGACACGUUUAAAAAAAAUAAUGUUGACAUAAUUCAGAUUGUGUACGGUGCUACAGUUGUUUUAAGAAAUGAGAUCUCAAGGGUAAAAGUAUUGCACUACAUUUUAAUGCCAUCCGUAAUGGAGUAUUAUUUAAUGUUGAAUUUAACUGAGAUGAUUUCUUUUUUCUCCAUCAGAAUCUAGUGUUAUGAUUAGUUUUCAAUAAUUCCUGCUGUGCAUCUUUUUUUGUUAAGCACAUGAUGGAUAUUUUAAAAUGGCAAACUUUAUUUUUAUGAAAUAUAAGAUUCCAUUUAUGUUCUCAAUAAAGGAAAGUAUGUUAUGUACAUUG